AUGAAGUACGAGUAUGAGAAUUAUGACCCUUCAUUCCCGGACCAACCGGUGGUUGAUGAAUACCUGCCGGUAUGGUCUAGGCUACCGGCAUUUGGGUCCAAGCCAGCAUUCAUUUGGGCUCAUGAUAACAACAAUAAGACCUUCCUAACCUACUCACAACUCAAUGCCUCAGUUGACCACAUCUCCUCCCACCUUCUCACUACUCCCACUCUUCAAAGAGGCGACACUCUCCUUCUUCUCUCUUCUCCAGGUCUUCACUUUGUUGAACUCAUCUUCGCUUCCCAAAGGGCUGGUCUUUUAUCUGUCCCUAUAGUCCCUCCUCACCCUUCUUUCGCUAAUGAAAAUUAUCACCACCUUCUUAGAGUUAUCUCGCAGACUAAACCCAAAGCUGCAGUUGCUCAUUCUUCUUACAUUUCAUGUAUCCAACGCUAUCUCUCUGAUCACAACAACAUUAAUUAUAAUCUUAAUCUUGUUCGUGCGUUACAAACCAUGAACUGGAUUUCCAUUGAGGACAUCAAGCAUGGUGCUAAUAAUAAUAAAAAUAAUGAUAAAUUUGGUGGAUCCCUAACAUACAAUGGUUGCAGGGAGAAUGAUGUGUAUCUUGUUCAGUACACUUCUGGCGCCACCGGGAUUCCGAAACCGGUUCUUGUAACGGCGGGUUCAGCCGCACAUAACGUCAGAGCUGCUAGGAAAGUCUAUGAUCUUCACCCAAACAGUGUUAUUGUUUCGUGGCUUCCUCAGUACCAUGACGCUGGCCUCAUGUUUUUGUUGUUAACCAUUGUUUCUGGUGCUACUUGUGUUCUUACUUCACCAACCUCGUUCAUCAAACGUCCCAGGUUGUGGCUUGAAUUGAUCUCUGAAUUCAAGGCCACGUGUACUCCGGUACCUUCUUUCACGUUGCCACUGGUUCUCAAACGUGGAGGAGUUGAUAAAGGAGUAUCUCCCAUUAAUCUUUCCCAUUUGAGGAACCUUAUACUCAUCAACGAACCUAUUUACAGAGACUGUGUCGAAGAGUUUGUUGGAGUAUUCGGUCCCUUUGGGUUAAGCUCUUGUGCCGUUUCUCCUUCUUAUGGUUUAGCUGAAAACUGCACCUUUGUUUCCAGUGCAUGGAGGAGUGAAAGUGACGCGUAUUCUUCUAGUAGCUUCCACGAUUUUCCAACUCACAACAAGCUUUUACCGGUUGCGAGACUAUGUAGGAAGGAGGAACAAGAAGACAUGGAAAUCGUGGUGGUUAAUGAAGAGACUCAUGAGCCGGUUGAGGAUGGUGUUGAAGGUGAGAUUUGGGUUUCAUCACCAAGCAAUGCUUCUGGAUACUUGGGACACCCUUCUUUGACGAGAGAAGUGUUCCAUGGAAGACUGAGGAACAUGGUUGGAAGAUGCUUUCUUAGAACACGUGACACAGGGAUUGUUAAAGGAGAGGGGAGAUACCUCUUUGUUACUGGAAGGUGUGAAGAUAUAAUCAAGCUCCAAAAUGGUGAAAAGAUUCAUCCUCAUUACAUUGAAUCUGCAGCGUAUAACAGUUGCACAAAGUUUUUGAGAGGUGGUUGUGUUGCGGCGUUUAAAGUUUCUGAAACAGUUGUUGCAGUGGUGGCGGAGUUACAGAGAACUGAGAAAGAGAUAAUGGUGGAUAAUGAGGUGUUGGGUAGCGUUUGUAAUGGGAUCAAAGAAAGUGUUUUGAAGAAGGAGAAUGUUCAAGUUGGGUGGGUUGUUUUGGUUAAGAGUGAAAGUGUUCCAAAAACCACUUCUGGGAAAUUGCAAAGAUGGCUUGCUAAGGAGAAGAUUCUUGGUGGGAAAAUGAAGGUUGUGAUGGAGAUGAAAUUUGGUGAUGAUGAUGUUAGUAGAAAUUUACCAACUGGGUCGUUACUUUCACUUCUCUGAUCACAUACAUAAAAACUGUUUGAUUAGUAAAGUAAUCUAUGACGAGUUUAUGUAUUAUUAUUACUGUUGCAGAUAUGCAUGAGAGAUGAGUGUAAAUACUAAAUAGUUGUUGAAGACUGAGUCUACACCGAUACCUGCGUAUUAUUGUAUGGUGUUUACUCUGAUACAUAUUUGGAUUCUGCAUAGAUAGAGGGAGAAAAAAAAAAGAAUAAAUACUAUUUUGUGAAUAAUCUAUAGUUGGAUUUUUUGAAUGUCAUACACUCCUAUUAUUGAAGGAUGGUGUGGAGAAUAGAAACAGAAAUUGAAAGGAGGUGGGACGAAGGUCAACUUCGACGUCCGUUUCUGAAAGUGGAUUCAUUGAGGAAGGUUUAGGAGAAGUAUACAGUCUGGUGGAGGCGACCUCACCCGAUAGUAAUAUCAGAAUCAGUAUAUUCGCUGGCGACUCGGAGAGAAAAGUGGAACCCUAGGCUUUACUCCAUUAUUGACUCUCCUUUGUCUCCUUUCCUCUCCCUCUGUCUAUCUCUCUCAAGGCUAGAAACCCUGAACUCUGGCAUUCGGUGCUGGCUUUCUGUCUCCCCAGUGUCCGUCGUCUCUCUGCUGUGUGUGGUUGUCUGAUCGGUGUGGACAAGUGGUAAUAUUCGUCUUUCUUAUAUGCUCUAAUUUUAGUGAUUUUUUUUGUUCAAAAUCAGAUGAAUAUAUG